GCGUCAUGCUAAAUGCGACGAAGAGUUGUCUUUUCCACGCUGUUGACAGAAGUCGCAGCCUGUGUGCCUUUUAACUCUCUUUUCAUAUUAAAUCAUGGAGAAAAAAGGCUCAAACCCCUUAAGGAAGAAACCUAAACCCGCAAGGAUGAAAGACGGCGCCGACCCCGUCAAAAACUUCGAGAAAUGGAAGAAAAAAUACAAUAAAACGAAAGCACGAGUAAAGCGCGAGCGAGCGCAUACGAAGAAGCCUGAGUGGCAGGUCGAACGGGAGUACAUCGACAGGCUUGUUAGCAGAUACGGCGACAUAAACGCCAAGGAGGCUGUCAAGUUUUCAGACUUCCCCAUUUCAAAGAAAACCUUGUUAGGUUUGCAGGAGGCCCAGUACAGACAGCCCACAGAGAUCCAGAGGCAGACUAUCGGAUUCGCUUUGCGAGGUAAAGAUGUCCUCGGCGCGGCUAAGACUGGGUCUGGGAAGACUUUAGCCUUCCUCAUACCGGUGCUGGAGUGUCUGUAUCGCCAGCAGUGGAGCUCCAUGGACGGCCUCGGUGCUCUCAUCAUAUCCCCCACCAGAGAGCUCGCCUACCAGACCUUCGAAGUCCUCCGCAAGGUGGGUAAGAACCACGAGUUCUCCGCAGGGCUCAUCAUCGGCGGGAAAGACCUCAAGAGUGAGUCAGAGAGGAUCCACCGCACCAACAUUGUCAUCUGCACCCCGGGCCGGCUGCUCCAGCAUAUGGACGAGACGGCCGCCUUCCACGCCUCCGACCUCCACAUGCUGGUCCUAGACGAGGCAGACCGCAUCCUGGACAUGGGCUUUGCGGAUACUCUUAACGCCAUCGUAGAGAACCUCCCCACGUCCCGGCAGACGCUGCUGUUCUCCGCCACGCAGACCAAGUCGGUAAAAGACCUGGCCAGGCUCAGCCUCAAAGACCCAGAGUACGUGUGGGUUCACGAGAAGGCCAAGUUCAGCACCCCGGCCACCCUGGAGCAGAGCUACGUGGUGUGUGAGCUCCACCAGAAGGUCAACAUGCUCUACUCCUUCAUCAAGAGCCACCUGAAGAAGAAGAUCAUUGUCUUCUUCGCCUGCUGCAAGGAGGUGCAGUACCUGUUCCGGGCCCUCUGCCGCCUCAGACCCGGCAUGCCCAUCCUGGCUUUGCAUGGCAAGCAGCAGCAAAUGAAGAGAGUGGAGGUUUACAAUGAUUUCCUCAGGAAGCAGAACGCCGUGCUCUUCGCCACGGACAUAGCCGCCAGAGGCCUGGACUUCCCCGCCGUCAACUGGGUGCUGCAGUUUGACUGUCCUGAGGAUGCAGACACCUACAUACACAGGGUGGGCCGGACUGCUAGAUACAAAGAGGGGGGAGAGGCCCUGCUGCUGCUGCUUCCGUCCGAAGAGAAGGGCAUGGUCGGCCAGCUGCAGGAGAAGAAGGUUCCCAUCAGUAAGAUCCAGGUGAAUGCAGACAAACUGCAGAAUGUACAGCAGAAGCUGGAGGCCUUCCUGGCCCAGGAGAAGGAACUGAAGGAGAGAGCCCAGAGGUGUUUUGUUUCCUACCUGCGCUCCGUCUUCCUGAUGAAGAACAAAGAGGUGUUUGAUGUCUUUAAACUCCAGAUUCAGCAGUACGCAGUUUCUUUGGGCCUCGCUGUGGCUCCGAGGGUGCGCUUCUUAAAUAAAGCUCAGGCACAGAGAGCUGAGAAAGAAGGACAGAGAGAGGAGGAGCAAUCCGAAGAAGAGGGAGAGCUGAGGAGCUUUAAGGCCCAACUGAAAGGAAACGUUCCAAAUGAGGAACGUCAGAGCUCAGAGUCAGAAGAUUCAGGCGAUGAGGAGGAGAGCGGCGUUGAACAAGAGGCGGAUCGACCUCUAGGUGCAGUGGAUGAGGAUGAUGAUGAUGAUCUAAGAGAUUUGGACCUGUUGACAGUGAAAAGAAAGGAUGUCUUCAAUCUGACAGCGGACGAGGAGAGUCCGGAGGAAGCUGUCCAGGGCCCCAAAAUGAAAACAGAAAAAGAGACGAAGUUUAAAGAAGCUAAAAAGGUCCUCAAGAGAAAAUUCCAAGUCAACACCAAAGUGGCUUUCAGCGAAGAAGGACAGGCCGUGCAGCUGUGGCCGCCAGUCCAACAGGCAGUGACUGCAGAGGAGAAUGACGGGGAGGAGGAGGAGGUGUCAGGGAUCAACGUGGAGAAGGCCAGGGAGAGGCUAAAACGUGAGGACCAGGAGUUUGACAAGCAUGAGUACAGCCGCAAAGUGAAAGCCAAACACCGAGAGAAGAGGCUGAAGGCAAAGGCAGCCCGGAGGGAGGCCAGCAAGCAGCACGGGCAGAAAUCUGACGAGGACGAGGAGGACGAGGUUGUGGCGUACCUGGCCAAUCACAGCGAAGACGAGUUCGACCCCAGCAGCCUGCCGGACCCUGACAAACUGCGCACAGAGGAGGAUGAGGAGGACGAGGAGGACGACGAAGAGGAGGAGAUAUGGUCAGCUAAACGGCAGCAUAACAGUGAAAGCAGCGACGAGGAAGAGGAGGAUCUCACAGCACGGAAGAGGAAGAAGGUGAGGCAGCAGGAUGAUGAGCACACAGCUCUGGACACUGGUCUCUCUCUGGCCGAAGACGAGGAGUUGGUCUUACAGCUGCUAGGAGGACGAAGGUAGAAAACAGAGGAGUCAGAGGUUGCAAAUAUUCUGAACUCUUCAGCUGACCAAAGUUCUAACAACAAGGUUAGCUGAAGUUCCAGACUCCAUGCUGAUUCUGCUCAGUGUGUGUGUUCGCACUGGUUCACCUCCAUGUAUUUGGACGACUCACAAGAGACUGAUUGAAGAAGGGUCGAAGCUGACUCAUCAGAAAUCCUGACUUUUAGUCCAUUGUUUGGGUCAAGCUUUAAAUACUGGAUCCUACAACUCCCAUAAUGAAGCCAAUACUGUGUCUUUGUUAAAACCCUUUAAAACUUUGCUUCAAAUCUUAUUUGUCUGUAACAUAAAUAUACAGGACUAAAUCAGCAACACUCAGAGUGACACAUGUUUGACUGUGUGGGUGAGGUUUCAUCUGAUUUGAUUGAUUUCUUGUGUAUCAACUCAACUUAAUCAUCAGAGGGACUGCAUGCCUUUGAUGACCUGUACUGAAUAAUUAACAUUUUUUUGAGAUGAACUUUGAUAUUGAAUUAUUCAAUUAAAUCAUUUGUAUUGCUCA